CUUUUUCUUUUAUUAAACGGAGAGUAUCUAAAGAAAAAAAAAGGAAAUUUCAAUGAAAAUUUUGUUUUAUUCUAUUCCUCUUCUAAGGAAGGUCUUAUUUAGGAAAGCAACUAAACAAGACCCUAUUAUUGUUAGGAUUGAAUUACUUGAAGAGUUUGAUAACAUUAUGCUCGCCGUAAAUGAAAUAGAAGAAUUUCAUGAUGUUCAAUAUGAAAGCCCAAAAGUAGACUCUUUCUCACAAACAAAAUCAUUUCCUAAUCCUUUCGUUGAAGAGAUUUCUACGCCUAUUAUCAAAUUACCUAAAACGCGAUUUCUUACUUGCGCAGUAAAAAAUUUUAAAUUACAUGGUUACAGUAAUUCAUCCUUGACCGAUAUUGAAUCACACUUGAAUAAUUCUUCUUAUCUUUCCUCAGAAAAUGAAAUAUUUCUUACUAAUACUAUUACUGAUUCACAAGAUCUUGGAGAGAUUUCUUCACCUAUUGUGAAAUUACCUAAAUCAUAUUUUCUUACUUAUGCAAUAAACAACUCCUCUGUCUCUACUAGUAGUAAUUCAACUUUGACUGAUACAAUCUCCAAUCCACAAGAAAUUGAAUUACAGUUGGAUACUACUUCUAUACAAAAUGAAAUAUAUUUGACUAGUUCUGUUAUUGAUUUACAAGAAUUUGAAGUGACUACUCCUAUUGUGAGAUUACCAAAAACACAAUUUUUUACUUAUACAGCUGCCAACUCUUCUGUCAUUGAAACACACACUACACACGCUGAUAACUCAUUUUUAUCUAAUAUAAUCUCUGAACCGCAAGAUCAAUUGAAUGUUUCUUCUUCCAAUUCUCCACGAAAUGAAAUACAAUUGAUUACUACUAUUGAUUCGCAAGACUCGCAAGACUCGCAAGACUUUGAAAAGAUUUCUUCACCUAUUGUGAAAUUACCUAAAACGCGUUUUUCCGCUUGUGCAAUAACCAAUUCUUCAACCUCUGAAACACCUACUAGUAAUUUAUCUUUGGUUGAUAUAAAUUCUGAAACACAAGAUGUUGAUUUACAGUUGAAUGGUUUUUCUUCUAAUUUCCAAAAUGGUACCAAUACUACAGAUAAUUUGCAAGAUGAUGAACUACAAUUAAAAGAUGAUGAACAUUUAACCACUUCUUCAGAUUCUUUUUCGCAAACCAGCGAGGAGCAGACUGUCAAGUCUUCUUUAUAUGAAUCAAUAGUAAAAGAAGAGAAUGUGUUAGAUAAUCACCAGGGAAAAAAUGUAUUGACACCAUAUUUAACGUCAUUAUAUAACCACCAGGUACAUUCUUCUUAUGGAUAUUAUAAUCCCAUUAAUAAUUAUGUUGGAUAUGGCCUAUAUUAUGACAGUUCUUUUGGUGGUUAUUAUCAACCUCAAUAUCAAUCGAUUGAGUCUAAUUAUCCAAUUAAGAAAGGAGAUUGGUUCUGUAAUAAAUGUUUUCAACACAAUUUUGCAAAGAGAAAUAGAUGUUAUUUUUGUCAAGUAGAUAGAAGGGGUAUAGUUAUUAAUGUGAAAUGUGUCGGGUACUAAAUUUAUUAUUCAACGGAUUAUUAAUCAAAUAAUCGAUUUUUGAUAAUAUUAUUACGCAUUUAUUUUGAACAGAUAAUUAAUUUUUAGUGGAUUUUGUAUCUGGGAUUAUGUAUUCAUAUUAUUACUUAGC